UAAUGUCAAAGAAAAGAAAGAAUAGCUCAUCUUCAUCAUCAUCUUCAUCUUCAUCUUCGUCUCCUGAGAAAAAGAUUUUUGUUAACCAAUGUGACAAGUAUAAAGAAGAAAGAUAGUCUGAAAUAAGGAUACAUUUUUAUUUCAAGGAUUUAUAUAUUGGAGGAUUGAGAGAAGAUGAAUAUUUGUUUUAUUUACAUGGACGCAUAUAAAAGUCUGUAAGAAUCUCUCUUUCUAAAAGAGGGUCCAUGUGAUUUGUUACAAAUAAGUUCAAUAAAUAAGGAAGCGCAAACAAUUGAUGUAGCAGUGGGAUUCAAAUAUGAUGACGAUGCUCUAAAAGUUUAUUAGGGGAAAGUUUCAGUGAAAACAAAAGACAAGCUUACUCCAAUCCUAUCGAAAGUGUAUAGUGAAAUGUUGAAAGAACAAGGAUAUAUAAUGAAAGAAUAAUAAAGUGAUUUUGUUAAGUCUUAGCAAAAAGAAUAAUCCCGUGAAAAAGAGAAGCCUUCCUAAUACAUUCCGACUUAUAAUUGUAUAAAUAUAACCAUUUUAGAUAAUAUAUCAAAAGAAUAAUUGUACAUAUUUGGAAUUCCUAAAGAAUUCACUAUAGAGGAAUGUAUAAGUGAAAUAAAGCAAACUUACGAUUUAGUGGUUAGACCUGAAGGAAUAUUUAAAUGUGAGAAGGUUGGUGAUAUUACAUAUGAAUAUUUGGAAUUGCAAGUUGAAAGGAUUCCAUGUUAAUAGAUUCUAAAGAAACUUCCAUUAGUAUUAAAGAAUAUAUCAUUACUUUGUAUAUAAAAGAAGAAGCGAACAGAUCCUUUUAAUGAAGUCUUAAAACCUUUUUAAGUGUUGUUGAGUGGCAAAGUAAAUUUAUCUUAAGUUUAUGUUCAUAUGAAUGCAAUAGGAGGCGUAUUAUUUCAUUAAAUUAAGUAAUGAUGUCAAUAUAUAUACAAAUAGUGAAUAUAAAUAUUGUGUAAUGAUGUAAAGUGAAUAAUCAGUGAUUGAUUUAAAAUUACCUUGUAAUUUAGAGAUUUAAAAGGUCUAAUGUUAAGUAAAUCAGAAUGGAGAUUUUACUAUGCAAAUGGGAAGACCUAAUUUAAAUGAAACAACAUAUUACAAGAUUCAAGAAUUCAAAAAGAAGCAAGAAGAAAUGAAAUUGGCUCGUUUACAUUCGAGUUCAAGUUCAAGUUCCAGUUCUAGCUCUAGUUCAAGUUCUAGAAGUCGAAGUAGAAACAAAAAGAAGAAGAAACAUCAUCAUAAGAAAAAGUAUUGAGG